AUGGAGGAUUGGGAAAUUGUAUGACUGACUUUCGCAAUCUUUGGGGCUGUUAAAAUCCUUUGUGUAAUAUUGCCUUGGCUUUAUUGGAAACUAUUCUGCUGCAUUAAUUUAAAGCAAUACAGCGAUGGCUAUGUCUGUAUUACUGGUGCAACUGACGGAAUUGGCAAAGCACUUACCAAAGAGUUCGCCAGGCGUGGGUUUAAAAUAUUAAUGAUAUCACGGAACCAAUCGAAGCUUGAAAAUGUGAAAAGAGAAAUUGAGGCUUUAUACGCAAACUCAGAAAUCCAGUUUAUUCAAGCUGAUUUUUCUAUGUCUCACAAAAAUGCUGACUCCCACCCCCCAUCCUUGAUCGAACGACUCGCCAUCGUUCGAUCAAGGAUGGGGGUUAAAACAAAUUUUUUUUGGGAAAAAAAUUUUAUAUAUAAAAUAUAUAUAUAUUUUUUUAUUUACUUUUAAAUAAGAGGGUUAAGAGUAUUUAAUAAUUAUUUUUACAGCAAAAAAUUGAAUUAAUUUCAUAAAAUACCAAUUUUUAAUAUUUUGAUUUAUUAGUUACCACUUUAAAACUGUAUAAAUUUUAAUUUGUUCCUUUAUUAAAUUAAAAAAUUUUUUUUUUUUUGUUUUUUAAAGAAUCUCUAUUUUUUUAGAUUAUUGAGUUUUUAAGCCUAGGUUGAUGACUAGAUCACUUCGAAUGGUUGAUUCCGAAGCUUUCUGUCGUCUCAAAGUCUCUGAAAACAACUUCAUUAUGCACAUCUUCCCAAGCUUUUGAUAACUAAUAUAUUUGUAUUUAUAUAAAAAUUUGCAUGAUAUGAAAAUCGUUCGAUCAAGGAUGGGGGUUAAUUUCCCCAAUUUUUAGGAAUUUUUACAGUCAAUCGUUCGAUCAAGGAUUGGGGGGGGAGUGAAGAGUUUUUCGCAAGUCUCAAUGAAAAGCUAAAAAAUUAUGAAAUAUCAGUAUUGGUUAAUAAUGUUGGGGUGUCAGAUAAAAAAGAUCUUUUGAAUGAAGAUGAUGGAAUUAUUGAGAACCAAAUAGGUGUAUAGCCCCUGAAAUAUUUUAGAUCAUUAUUGUUCAUCUAUUUAAUUUCCAAAAUUAAUUUGCACUUGUCAGCUUUUUUGAAAAGUAAAAGUGAAAAUGGCAUGUCUCUGUUUAUGGUUUUAAGGUGCCUAAUCAGACUUAUACUGUAUAAGGCAGGUGCUCGGAGCCAUAUUUUUUCUGGUCGGUAUUCUGCUGGGGUAUAGAGAUCUAUUAAGGUGCAUGAGCUAUAAACAUUUACCCAUCGACUCUGCUUGCUUAUUACUUAAUUCCAGAGUUCUUAAAAAGGUAUGAGGUAGGAAAAAAGAGAUCGUUGAUCAUUAAUUUCUCGUCAACCGCGGAGUUAGGUUAUUUUCCGAAUAGUGCUGUUUAUAGUGCGACGAAGAAAUAUAAUCAUUUUUUCAGUGAGGCUACGGCGUAUGAGUAUAAGCAAUGUAUUGAUACUGCUACUAUAAGGCCAGGAGUUGUAAUUACUGACCUGUCUGCGACGAUGAAGAUUCAAAAAUACCCGUUAACUGUCCUCCCAGAUGACUAUGCAAAAUCGCUGUUAGGAAGUCUUAGGACAGGAGUUAGCUAUGGGCAUUGGAAACAUUUCAUUUUUGGGAACUUUUUAACUUUUCUGCCAUUCCCCAUUCAGAGCUUUAUUAUUCAAAGGCUAAUGCCGCUUUAA